UUGCAGUUCUGCGGCUCCUCGAAGGCAUGGCUUCUCAAGACCAUUCGUCAACAUCGGACUACUCUGCAUCGAAUUACAACCAGACAGCGGCAUUUGUAUAUUCUACUGAGUACACUGCACCCAUUUUGUCCCUUUUGAAACCUUCCAUUGGCGAAAGAAUCGUUGACUUUGGAUGUGGGACCGGGGAACUGACCUUGCGGAUCCAAGAAGCUGUUGGUGCGAGUGGGUUCACUGUUGGUAUUGACUACAACAAUGACAUGGUUUCCAAAGCUUUAGUGAACGGGGUUAGGCACGCAUACAUAUCUGACCUUCAAAACAUUCAAAUACCUCCUGUGUUGGAGAACUCUUUCGAUGCUGUCUUCAGCAAUGCCGUACUACAUUGGUGUAAACAGAAUCCGCGCGGAGUUCUGGAUGGGGCAAAGCGGCUGCUCAAGGUCGGUGGGCGUUUUGUAUGUGAGAUGGGUGGGUUCAUGAAUUGUAUCGGCGUUCGGAUCGGCCUUCACCGGGCUGUCAAAAGGCGAGGUUACGAGCCCGAUAAAAUGGAUCCCUGGUACUUUCCGACAAUCGAAGAAUAUCAAAGGUUAUUGCAAAGCGCGGGUUUCCGCGUUAAUACCAUUGAUUUGGUUCCAAGGAUGACGCCACUGCUGGACGGUGGGCUCCGUGGAUGGCUUCAACUUUUCGCGCGCCGAACGUUCCUGAAGGAAUUUAGUGACCAGGAGGCCGCCGCUAUCAUAGACGAGGUUGUGGAUAUGUGUGAGGUUGACAUGAAGGACAAAGAGGGGAAUUGGGCUCUCAUGUACGUUCGAUUGAGAUUCUUGGCAACCCUUGAUAGCCCUUGAUAGCCCUUGAUGGAACUGUUACUAAAGAAUGAUGCGCAAAGUUGACCGUAAAGAUGUUUUAUUUAAUUAUGACGGAUAUGAUCCCUCACUUCCAUAACUCUGCUAAGGAGUAUUCCCAGA